GAUACUACAGCCUCGCCGUCACCCCCGCGCGCACCAGAACAUCGCCACCAUCGCCAGUAGAAGCAGCAGCCACCCCCUUCGAUUCCUCGGCUCGUGUCCCGUAUCCAGUAGUAAAGCCAGAUUAUCGUCAGCCAUGCCCAAAAGAGAGGACCACUAGGAAGACAUCUACCCCAACUGUGUACCGCCCCGCACCACCCGCGUUGCCCCGUUAAUUUGCCUCGAACGCGCCCAACCACCUCGCCCGAAGUCAAUCGUGGAGGAAGUUUGGACAAGCGAGAUACUUUCAUGAAGGAAGGAUCGCCGCGUCGACGAGCCUCCACGGCCUGAUACCUUUUUUUUGUUUUUUCUUUUUUUUUUUCCAACAUAAAUCGAUUGGAGCGAUGGCGCAAUUUCGGGGCUUCUUCAUACCGGACCUGAACGCGACGAUGAACGUCGCCUGGGAGACGGUGAAGUCCCUGUGGCCGGAGAACAGUCCUUGCAUGGAGUUGAUAAGGGGCACGGCUCCCGGUGGCCGUGGCAACUUUGACCAAGGAGGCGGGGAGUACGGGGAAGGUGUCGACGGGGCCGAAAUGACGGCUCUCAACGACGAGCCGGGCAGUAGCUCCUACGGGGACCAGAAACGCGUCACCAUGGCCGAGGAAUCGUUUAGCUACCAGAGAAGCGGGGAUAAAGUGAGAACUGGAAGCGUCAGUAGUGGAUUUAGUGAAUAUGACGAAGGGGGUGGCGAAUUCGGUGCGGCGGGGGUGAAAAUCAACGAAUGGCAGGCAGCAUGGAACGUCACCAAUGCCAUCCAGGGCAUGUUCAUCGUGUCGCUGCCGUUCGCGGUACUGCGAGGCGGCUACUGGGCGAUAGCCGCCAUGGUCGGGGUAGCGUACAUCUGCUGCUACACCGGCAAGAUCCUGGUCGAGUGCCUGUACGAGUUUGACCCGAGCACGGGCCAACGGGUGCGCGUCCGCGACUCGUACGUCUCCAUAGCCAAGGAGUGCUUCGGGCCCCGGGUCGGCGCACGCGUCGUCAACAUAGCCCAGAUCAUCGAGCUCCUCAUGACCUGCAUACUAUACGUCGUCGUUUGCGGCGACCUCAUGAUCGGCAGCUUUCCCGAGGGCGCUAUCGACACGCGCAGCUGGAUGAUGCUCAUCGGUAUAUUCCUGAUACCGCUCGGCUUCCUAAAGUCACUGCACCACGUGUCCGUGUUGAGCUUCUGGUGCACGAUGGCCCACCUGUUCAUAAACGCGAUAAUACUCGGUUACUGCAUGCUGGAGAUCGGCGACUGGGGCUGGUCGAAGGUCAAGUGGAGCCUCGACAUGGAAACAUUUCCCAUAUCCCUUGGGGUGAUCGUCUUCAGCUACACGUCCCAGAUCUUCCUGCCCACCCUCGAGGGCAACUUGAUAGACCGCAGCAAGUUCGAUUGGAUGCUCGACUGGAGCCACAUCGCGGCCGCCGCCUUCAAGUCGAUAUUCGGCUGGGUCUGCUUCAUGACCUUUCAAAACGACACCCAGCAGGUGAUAACGAACAACCUGCACUCGUCGGGCUUCAAGGGCCUGGUGAACCUGUGCCUGGUGAUAAAAGCCGUGCUCUCGUACCCGUUGCCAUACUACGCAGCGUGCGAGCUCCUCGAGCGGGCGCUCUUCCGGGGCCGGCCCAAGACCCCCUUCCCGACCAUCUGGACCCUCGACCGGGAGCUCAAAGUCUGGGGUCUGGCCUGGCGCGUCGGGGUCAUUCUGUUUACCAUCCUCAUGGCCAUCUUCAUACCCCACUUCAGCAUCCUCAUGGGCUUCAUCGGCUCGUUCACCGGCACCAUGCUAUCCUUCAUCUGGCCGUGCUACUUUCACCUCAAGCUCAAGCGCAACUCCAUGGAAACGAGCGCCGUUGCCUUUGACUGCUUCGUCAUAAGCCUCGGGGUCCUGUUUGCCGUCAUCGGCGUCUACGACUCGGGUCGGGCUCUCAUCAAGGCUUUCGAGAUCGGCUUGCCGUUUUAGGCUCGCCGCUUCCGUUUGUACCACCUACGCGUCAUACCGUACUACCGAGCCUAUAUCUAUCUCUCUCUCUCUCUCUCUCUCUUUUGUUUUUUUUUCUUCUAUUUUUGCGUCUCGUGGUAACAUAAUAUAUACGGUUUGCAUCGACACAGCGCGGGGUCACUCGAUUGACUCGAUAUUUUCGGUACAACCGGCAAUCGUUGAAAAUCAGGAUAGCCUCUAAAAAGGCACGAUCAUUCGUGCGUUCGUUUUAAAAAAUAUUUUCAUUUUAAGGAUAACUCGCACCGCGACUAUACUUUACAUGUUUUCUAAAAGCUUUUUAUAGUUGUUUAUUCAUUCCAAGUACAUAAACAUACCUACCGGAUUUUACGAAGCAACGAUCCAACGUCUUCCAGUCUAUAUACAUAUUGACACACGGAUAAACAUUUGAUACAAGGUAUACUUGCCGAAUAAUUAUUGAUGACAAAUUACUGCUGGGAUUAUUUUAUCGGCUAUUUUAUAUUGCCCCGUUGAACAUCCAAUCGAGUGAACAUUGAUGCAGACGGUAUACGGGUACCUGUAUGAAUACUUGUUUUUUUUUUUUUUAAACUUUCCCCCCAACGAUUUAGAUAGUAGAAGUAAUAAUAAAAGAUAGAUAGGUCGCGCAGCUUCGUUCACGCUUGAGCGUCUCUUGGUCGCGCCCGAAAGUACGAGAUGAGAAAGGGGAGGGAAAAAAAACGGUGCUAUAGGUAUAAAAUGUAAAACCGCCGUUAGGCUGCAGACCGUGGCAAGACCGCUAUAAAAUACUUACAAAGAACGUGGGAGGGAUACUUCAACGAAUAACGCCAUACCUACACUGUAACGAUGUAACGAUGAUCACGUGGACGAGCUGUCCUGGUGCUUUAUCGAUCGACUCGGUACCGAUGGUUUUCUCGUCAUGCCUGUUUCGCGCUUUCUUUUCUCACCUCCUCUACUUGUUUUACUCUCCGAGAUUUUAUAAACGCUCCAUGUCCAGACCAGGCAAAAUUAAAUUAAGUUCAACGUUUUUUCCUUUGUUUAUUGAGAUGCAAAGCUUAUUGAUCGUCUAUAUUAUGUUUUUACUUUAUUAAAAGUAAGCCGAAAAGGUUUCGAGAAAUUAUGCAAAAUGACAUAGAGAUAUAGGGUUGUUUACAAGGAAAGUGAUGCCAAUGAAAUUUUGAAAUUUGAUACGACGUAGUUGGAAACUAAGGUGCCGCGUGCGGUCGAGCAUCAGCUAUAGCUCGUCGCUAUCGCUUAUAUUUGGCGUUGUUGCCGUCAAUUUCUAGUCUUCCUCGAAGACGAUGUCUUCGUACCUAUACCUGUAACGAAAUAUCAAAAAACCAAUAGAAUAUUUAUGGAAUUGUUGGUAGACUUUUAGCCAUCGUGCGACGAUCGUGGUGAUAAAGAAUGAGAAUGAUAAAUAGAACUGUUGUAUGAGUUCUGAGUAAUCGAUGUCUUCCAGUACUUACUACAAUUUCGUGGUUAAAUUUUGUCGUCGCAGUGAUUCUGAUGAUAAACAAAAUUGAGUGAAUGUGCCUACGUGCGAUAACUAUAUGAAAAUAGAAAAAUCAUCGUUAUUAGAGAUUUUUGUAACACCACUCCGGAGAAAGAGUGAAUAAAAAAAACGUACCGUUAAGAUGACACGUCAAUGUUAUUAAUAUGAAAAAUAAGUGUUGUUGAAAAAUGUAUAAUUUUUAGCAGUAUUUUUAAAAACAAAUGAAAAUAGUUUUGUUUCGCGUGAAAAAAUGAAAAAUUUUAACAACUUUUAUGAUCACAGUACCAAUUUUAUUUGAGACUAUACUUAGACUAGUAUUUUAAAUUGUUGCCAUUGUCAUAUUAACUCGCAAAUCUUUUUAAUACAAUAUUGUUAUGAUUUAUGUAAAAGUAUUUUUUUUCUAUACAAGCGUGUGUCAAGUUUUUCCAACCGUAGGAACUUCAUAGCGAGAUUCCUGUGAUAAAAAAAUCAUUGAAUUCACGUUACUCCAUAUAAUUAUUUUUGCUUAUCCAAAGAAAUUAAAUGAUGGAAAAAUAUGCAAAAAGCUACCUACAGACAUGAUUUUUCCAAUUUGUUUGAGUGUGCAUACUUACGCUAACAAAACACGUAAGUCUACUACAAAAU